AUGGUGAAGAUAGAGAAGAGGCAGAUGCUGAAGAUUGAAAGGGGAGGGGAUAAGGAUAGGGAGGAGGAUGAUAAUCAAAAUAGAGAGGAGAAUAAUCAUGAAGAUAGGGAGAAAGAUGCACAACCAAAUUUUUCUCCCACCAACCUUACGGCUGUGUAUGUUGCUAAUGGUAACAUUACAGUCACUUGGAAUCGUCCAAACACAUCACAGAUGAUCGACAAUUACCUUAUCGAAUUCAUGGAUGCAAGGACCCCUAGCGACAGUGACGAGGCACUUUUAGACAAUGUGUAUAAGUACCAAUACACACAUCCCAAAGCUAGCUCAACAUACGUCAUCAAAGUCUCAAUAGUUAUGUCGGACGGUUCCACUGUCUCUUCACUCACAACUGUCAAUACUGCCCAAGCCAUAUAUAGGAACCGACGUACUAGGACAAAACUGACCCUUCCCAGACCGCCAGGUACCGGAACAUCAACCAUUAAGUUUAAUGGUGAUUCCUCCUUCGCUUUCAUUGAUGGUAAAUCCUAUGACAGUAAUGGUAAUUCUGCAUCGGUCAGUCUGACAUCAACAAAUGCAGAAUUGACAAUUGAACGUCUGGGGAUGAGAGAUGCUGGAUACUAUUGCCUCGUGGCGGAUAGUGGCAAUGUACUUGGAGGACAGUUUCUGGUAGUAACUGACACCCCCACGCAGCCAACUAUUAUCUCCCCAACCACGUUUCCUCCCCUCGACAGCUCUGUGACCUUGGAAUGUUCAUCGCGUUCACGAAGCAAGCCUUUCAACCAUGGAUUGGUUUUAACAUCUAAUUGGAAACUUAACGGGUCCAACAUUUACGACGAUAGAUUCUCCAUCCAUGGCACUAGCAUCGUUAUCCACCAAGUCCAAACGAGGGAUACAUAUAAUAGAUAUACCUGUGUGACUUACGAGAUUGGGCAGGAUUACGCUGGAUUGGCAUCAGAAGAAAGUGAGGAAUUCCAGCUUACACCUAUAUCAUCACAGUCAAAAUCACGAUUUUCUCCGACCAAUCUGAUGGCUGUGUAUGUGGCCAAUGGUACUAUCAGAGUCACAUGGAAUCCUCCGAGAUCGGCAUGGAGUACACGUAGUUAUUUGGUAAAAGUCAAGGAAGAAGAAAGUCAAAACAUCAGUAGCAAGUACUUGUCAGAACGUUUGUUCCAGUACCACAAUCCCAAACCAAAUUCACUUUACGCUAUCAAUGUGUCCUCAAUCGGAAAAUUUUAUGCCGUGAUUGGUUCAUCAAUGACAUUUCUUAACACUGAAACAGCCAAAUAUAGAAGCAUAGGUGACAGGACAAGACUGACGCUUCCAAAGCCGCCAGAUAGAAGCACAUCUGCCAUUCAGUUUAAUGGCCGAACUCUUUUCACCUUCACAAAUGGCGACGUAUCUGGUGACGCAGUAAACAAUGAUGGUGUAACAGUCUCCCUCGCAUCAGCAAGUGCCUACUUGACAAUGGCUUCAGUUAGAAAGACCGAUGCGGGAUACUACUACACGGUGAAUGAACGUGGCAAUGUACUUGGAGGACAGUUAUUGGUAGCUACUGACGCACCCACACAGCCAAUCAUUACGUCAUCUCGGAUCACAUAUGUCGGCAGAUCUGUGACAUUGCGGUGUUCAUCAACUUCACGAAGCCAGCCUUACAACCAUGGACUAGUUUUAGUCUUUACCUGGGAAAUUAAUAACACUGUGGUAUAUGGCGAAAGGUUCAACGUUACGGGGCGUAGGCUGUCUAUCGAUCCAGUACAACGGAACGACAAAUUUGACAAGUACACGUGUGUGACUUACGAGAAAGGGCUGGGACACAUUGCCGCAAACUCAAGCAGAAGUAGAGAUUUUAAACUAAGAGUUCGCUAUGUGUCUACUUCCGAUUCUGCCGAUGAUACCGAUGAUACCGAUGAUACCGAUGAUUCCAAUUCUUUCAAAGAUUCCAUCGGUUACUUCGACGGGUUUUAUUACUUGUGGUUUUUGCUUCUUCUUCUUGCUCUUGUAUUGUUGGGAAUGGUGGUGCUACGUGCCCGUAAAAGACUAUUUUACUACGAAAGAACUACUUUGACCAUGACUUAUAAAUACUUGUAG